GGUGGUUGCUUAUUUCCGGAAGUGAUCUUCGCUGCUACGUAUCGUUAGAGAUCGCUGCAUUCUGACGUAAUUAUUCCUGCCAUUUUGUUUUGGGAAAUUUGGGAAAUAAGUCAGGCCUUGUCCGACAUCUAAUAACCUCGGAAUGGCGACAACAAUAAUCACGCAGCGGGGACAGGUGUGCAUUGGUGAGCUGCCUCAGGAUUUCCUGAGAAUCGGGCCGACGCAGCAGCAGGAGCAGGUGCAGCUCGACGCCCAGGCGGCCCGACAGCUGCAGUUCGGAGGAUCUCUAGCGACAGCUGGCCGCCUCAGCAUCACCGUGGUACAGGCGAAGCUUGCGAAGAACUAUGGGAUGACACGCAUGGACCCUUACUGCAGGAUUCGACUUGGCUACGCCGUCUAUGAGACUCCUACCGCACACAAUGGAGCAAAGAACCCUCGCUGGAACAAAGUCAUCCAGUGCACCGCCCCGCCGGGGGUCGACUCCUUCUACCUGGAAAUAUUCGAUGAGAGAGCGUUUUCCUUGGACGACCGCAUCGCUUGGACACACGUGACGAUCCCAGAGAACCUGCGAGAGGGAACCGUCGUGGACGAGUGGUACAGUUUGAGCGGGAGACAGGGGGAUGACAAAGAAGGCAUGAUUAAUCUUGUCAUGUCCUUUGCUUCGAUACCUGCAGGAAUGAUGAUGCAGCAGCAGCCUGUGGUUCUGAUGCCUACAGUUUAUCAACAGGGCGUUGGAUACGUGCCCAUAGCAGGUGUCCCUGGGAUGUAUAACCAAGGUGUGGUGCCCAUGGGAAUGCCAGUCGUGCCUGCCGUAACGUCACAGAGCGUCCCCUGCGGUGAAGAAGACCUUAAAGCCCUUCAGGACAUGUUCCCCAACCUGGACAAGGAGGUGAUCCGCACCGUUCUGGAGGCCCAACAGGGAAACAAGGAAGCUGCCAUUAACUCCCUGCUACAGAUGGCCGAGGAGCUUUAACUGCAGAUCUGGCACUUAAAUCUACCAACAAUGUAAAACUUUAUACCAAAAAGAGCCUGUAAAUAAGCACACUAUCAACCCUUAACAGUAGCAAGUAAAUCUAACAAACAUUUUAAUUGUCUUUGUCAAAUCAGCAUUCAGGAUUGAACGUUAUAGAGAAUGUAGGAUGAUUUUCUGCUGAGGGCAGUAUGCCACAUCUGUGUUGUAGUGAUCCCGUGUCUUAAAGAUGUUUGAUAUAUUAUGCUUUUAUCUGAAUGAAUUUAGUUACAUAAAUGCACAUGAUAUAUAAUUUAUUUUGAAGAUUAUUAAAGAGAUUCAAGAGCA